AUGUAGCAAGAAGGAAAUGGCCCCGCGCCUUGCAGAUAAAAUGACUGGACAAGAGUUCGCAGACAAAUCUACCCAAACUGAGCCAUCCCCUCAAAGCAAAGAUACCGCCGCUUUUGACAAAUCAACCCAGACUCCCUGUAAAAUUAGAAACCAUGAACGGUCCCAUGCCUGGCAUGACCACCGGAUGGUUUCGGUGUCGGCCGACUAUGCACUCAAGUUCUCGCCCUUUUCAAAGACACCUUUAAUCGGCGUGGACCAUCUCGACAAAAGCACGGUCAUAUUGGUCCUUGCGGAAAACGCUGUGAUUCUCGCAAAUAUCCCAGAGAACCCACACGCCCGUCGUCUACACGACGUGAUAGACGAGAUUCGAUACCUGUACGACAGGCAUAUGUCAUACUUUAAUUCACCAAAGACCACGGCGUGGCUCAUCGGCCCCGCGUAUGAAGGUCGCCCCGACUGGCACCGAGACCUCAAAAUGGCGGUUUUGCGAAGGGAGAUGCGCCUCUGCCCGAAGAGGAAAUUUUACGAAUUUGUGGAGUUCCAUGAUUGGAUCCGGACGAGGGAACCUGUCCUCUUAGUUGAUGCGAUGACGGAGGAGACAGUUGUGGUGAAGAUUAAUGGAGUCGACGUCACUCAGGAAUGGAAGCAUGAAUGGUCUGAGAAGAAAGAAUCGAUGAAGGAAGAGCCGGAGCGGCGCUCGAGCGGGUACGUGACUGAGGAGGAAUAGAGCAUAAAAAAUUAAAGACUCCACGAGGCAUCGCUGUCUGGAGCAGAGCCGGGGCCCUGAUGCGUCUUGAUAACACAGUAAAAUGACCGGAACUACUCUGGUGAUUCGAUCAGUCUGUACUGUAAUAUUCCGUCUCCUGGAGGACUGAAUGAUGAAAAAGUCACUCCCUCUUAAAGAGAGCCUUGGGAAUAUUGGUAAAA